UUUACAGAGCAGACGCUGAGACGACAAGUUAGACCAUGCGAAUUGCCAACGCUCGAAUAUUAUCAUCAUUAUAAUACCAUCAAAAUCGCUACUUCCAUUUUUUAGUACUCCUAAAAUAUACUGAUUUCAAAUCGAGAGAUAUUCCCUCACUCCCAAAAAUUUCUCAGAUCUUCUUCAUACUUUGCAUCACUAAUUCGAUGUCGACUACGUGUAGAUUAGGGUUUAUUUGUUGGGUAUUAAUUGUAUCGAUAUUGCUUGGAUUUGAUGGAGCUUUGGGAUCUCAGAAUUCAGAUGAAGCUUACGUCACGCUUCUCUACGGUGAUGAAUUCCUGCUCGGCGUCCGAGUCUUGGGUAAGUCGAUUCGGGACACGGGUUCUAACAAGGAUAUGGUUGCUUUGGUCUCUGAUGGAGUUUCCGACUAUGCUAAAAAGCUGCUUCAGGCUGAUGCUUGGAUUGUGAAAACAAUUAGUUUACUGGAAAAUCCCAAUCAAAUACGCCCAACAAGAUUUUGGGGCGUCUAUACGAAGCUUAAAAUAUUUGACAUGACUGACUACAAAAAAGUGGUGUACCUUGAUGCUGAUACAAUCGUAGUGAAGAACAUUGAAGAUCUUUUCAAGUGUAAUAAGUUUUGUGCCAACUUAAAGCAUUCAGAAAGAUUGAAUUCUGGAGUGAUGGUGGUUGAACCAUCAGAAAAAGUAUUCAAGGACAUGUCGAGCAAAAUAAACACAAUGUACUCUUACACUGGAGGUGACCAAGGAUUUCUGAACUCAUAUUUCCCUGACUUUGCCAAUGCACGCCUAUUUGAUCCUCAGGCUUCCCCAGAGGAAAUAAAGUCUAGACCCAUACCUCAAAUGGAGAGACUUUCUACUUUAUACAAUGCAGAUGUUGGUCUUUACAUGCUUGCUAACAAGUGGAUGGUAGAUGAGAAAGAACUCCGUGUUAUUCAUUACACACUUGGUCCCCUUAAACCUUGGGACUGGUGGACUCAUUGGCUUGUUAAACCUGUUGAUGUCUGGCAGAACGCUCGGGUAGAGCUUGAGGAAACUCUUCCAGGAACUGGAGGGGGUCAAAAUCCAAAUGAAGAUCUUCUAGUCAAAUUUCUUAUUCUGCUUCCACUUGUAUUCUUUGGUUUCUGUUAUUACCGCUCAUCCUCACAGACACGACCAUUGAUUGAUCAUCUCAGAAACCUGUACUAUAAGUUAAGAUCUGGAGGUGUAAUUGGUUAUUCUUCUGUCACUUCCACCACCAUCAGCUCAAAUCAACAGAUUCCUAAUGCAGCUCUGGGCAAAAUUCCUACUUUUCUGGGUGCAAUCUCGGUGGUCGUUUGCUUUAUGGCUGCUCUAGUUUCCCUUGCACUUUCAUUUUCUAUUGUGCCUUCACAAGUUAUGCCAUGGACUGGUUUGCUCCUUGUGUAUGAAUGGACAUUCACAAUAUUCUUCUUAUUGUUCGGAAGUUAUCUAUACAUAAUCCGUCAAUGGGGAAAGCAUGUGGCCCGUCAAUCAUCUUUCCUUUCACAUCCUGAAUCUUCAGAUUAUGAUUCUGGAAAAGGUCAUGUGCGACAAUUGUCAUCAUGCGAUGUUUCUACUUGGUAUUAUGGGUUAGGGAUGGCAUCUCUUGCCCUGGCAAUUCCUCUGCUACCUUGUUUCCUUGGAAUUACUGCUCUAUUUAUGAGGUUAGGUUUGAUGGUAGCAGUAGGCAUUGUGUUGGCAUCGUUUAUGACAUGUGCUUCACAACACCUUUCCAUGAGAGCAUUUCUGAGAGGCAUUGAAGACAGGGGGGAUUCACCCAGGACCAUCCAGAAUUUUUGCUCUAUCUGCUAGUCUGCCCCACUAAUUUUGUUGUAAGCUAAUUAGCAACAAUUAGCUAGUCUUCUUAUUCUUCUUCUUCCUCAUCUCUCUCUCUUUAUAAUUAUGUGUUUAUCAUCUGUAAUUUAUGGCUAAAACAUUCUUUCAGUUGUAUAUUGCACAACCUUUUUCAUUGGAGAAUUAAUUACCUUUGACAUGAGACGUAUGUAGGGCUUAUUGUGCUCGUAUUGUAUCAUGUUGGUACCAGGACGCUCGCCUUGUGCUGUGGUACCAACCGUGUCUGGUAUGAUAAACACACGCUCGCGUUGUGUUGUGAUAUGAAUAUUGAAAUAUUUAUGUAUUUAGCAGUUUUGGGUUUGUA